UAUUUGAAAUAUAUAAAUCGGAAAUCUCUCUAAAUCUCAAAUCGUAGAAAAAAGAAAUUCAGAAAUCUCAAGGAAGAAGAGGGAGAAAUGGCGAGUGGUGGAAAAGUGUCUUUCAAAGUCACUCUUACCUCCGAUCCAAAGCUCCCUUUCAAAGUCUUUAGCGUUCCCGAAGCAGCCCCGUUCACGGCUGUUCUGAAAUUCGCAGCUGAGGAAUUCAAAGUCCCUCCCCAAACCAGCGCUAUCAUCACCAACGAUGGCGUGGGAAUCAAUCCUCAGCAAAGUGCAGGAAAUGUGUUCCUCAAACACGGUUCAGAACUUAGGCUGAUUCCGCGUGAUAGGGUGGGAGCCUUUUGAAUGCUGAAAGGCCUCGUUGUGUUGUUAUCGGGGUGAAAACGUUAGUUUUUCACCGCCUUCAAUUAUCGAUCUAUCUUAUCGGUACGAGUGGACUUUACUGUAUAAACCAUUAAUGUUACGGAUGGACUAGUUAGUUUCUGCCUUUUGUUUUUUCUUGUUUAUCAUCAACUAAAUAGAAGAGCUGGGUGGUGAAA